GGUCCGGCCACUGGUCACUUGUUCGGAGCUCAGGCGACUCGUCUGGCGCAUCUCAACACCAAGACACACAAUGACACGGUCUCAAUAGAGAAGUAUCACCAUGUUCUCCUCUUCAGGGAGUGGGAAGAAGCCCUCGCAACAGACCGCUCAGAUUCUGCAUCGCCAUUUUGGAAGCCGCCCCCACGCGAGAACGCAUCGAAAAGAACCGGUCGCGACCCGAACCUGGUUGUCGGAGCAGCCUACUCUCAUGCCGAUAUUCUCAAAUUCGAUUCACUCAACUUGUCCAGCUCCUCCUCCAGACCGAAGACGCCUCCUUCCUCACACUCUACCAAAGGCCGGCCUAGCGAUGCCUCUCCCCCCUCGCGCCCACAGUCGGGUCUGUCGUCCCCUCCGAUCAAAAGUUAUAUCAAUUUCCUUUCCAAUACCAACGAUGACUGGAAAGCCGACGAGGAUGAGGAGGACAUGAUGGGGUACGAGGACGAUGAUGGUGACGACUUCGGCCUGCCGAGCCUGUCUAACAUGAAGCGACGAACACGCAAGAAAGCCGCGCAAAACAGGUCGGAUCCCAACGGAGGUCUGUCGCCCUUGAACGAUUCGUUCGGUUUAGGGUUACACACGAGGAGAUACUCGAAUAGUGCGGACAUUGCGAUCGAAAGACCUGCGCCAACCUAUCCAAUGCCGAAGAAGAGCGAGGGCAAAAUCUUGCGUCCACAGUAUAAAGAAAUUUUGAGGGGUAAGUGGUGUCGCGUGAUGUUAGAAUGGACCGUGCUGACUGCGACAGACCCGGCGAACGCGCUGCACCUAAUCGAUCACCCAGUCAUACCCGACGAUGCAACACCAAAAGAGAUUGAUGCUGCGAAUUCACGAAUUACUCGUAUCAACAAGUUCAAGAAGCUCUUACAGGCCUCAACAAUACCGCUACAGGAACUUCGGCAACUAGCAUGGUCCGGCGUGCCCCAGGAGGUUCGUGCUAUGACAUGGCAACUCCUGUUGAGCUACCUACCGACCAACAGCGAGAGGAGAGUCGCAACUCUAGAAAGGAAACGCAAAGAGUAUCUCGAUGGCGUUAGGCAGGCUUUCGAACGCGGCAGCAGCAGUGGGGGAGGUGGCACCACCCCGGCGGCACCCGGAAAAGCCAGAGGUUUAGACGAGGCAAUUUGGCAUCAGAUCAGUAUCGACGUUCCAAGAACGAACCCUCACAUCGAACUUUACUCGUACGAAGCGACGCAGAGAUCUCUGGAACGAAUCCUGUACUUAUGGGCAGUGCGACACCCUGCCAGCGGCUACGUUCAGGGCAUCAAUGACUUGGUAACGCCGUUUUGGCAGGUUUUCUUGAGCACAUACGUCGCAGACUCCGAUAUUGAAUCGGGCAUGGACCCUGGUCAGCUGCCGAAAUCGGUUCUUGACGCUGUAGAAGCAGAUUCAUUCUGGUGCUUGACAAAGCUGCUAGACGGUAUACAAGACCACUACAUUGUGGCCCAGCCAGGCAUUCAGAGGCAGGUUGCGGCCCUCCGCGAUCUCACCGCAAGGAUUGAUGCAGGGCUGGCGAAGCACCUCGAAAAGGAGCACGUCGAGUUCAUUCAAUUCAGCUUCCGAUGGAUGAACUGUCUCUUAAUGAGAGAGAUAAGUGUAAGGAAUACGAUCAGGAUGUGGGACACGUACUUGGCCGAAGAACAAGGCUUUUCGGAGUUUCAUUUAUACGUGUGCGCGGCUUUCCUGGUCAAGUGGUCAGACAAGCUUGUCAAGAUGGAUUUUCAGGAAAUAAUGAUGUUUUUGCAAAGCUUACCAACAAAAUCUUGGACGGAGAAGGACAUUGAGCUGUUACUGAGCGAGGCUUUCAUCUGGCAGAGCCUCUUCAAAGGCUCGUCAGCUCACUUGAGAGGACAGCCAAGUCGCACGCCUUCAGCAAACAUGCAGCUGUAG